GGCCAGCAAGGAGGACAGAAGAAAGCAAAUUGACGGGAAAGGAGAGCGACACAAAUCCGCAUGGCGACCAAAGCUGGUAAGAAAGGAGGCAAGAAUCAGCAGAAAGCACCGAAGAAGCCCGAGGAACCAGACUACUUGCAAAAGGUGGACCCUAUUUUGAUGAAAAAUGUCAAUGAACUCACAGGAGGUCGCAGUAAUCUACAUAUUUUUGUGCCUCUUUGCGGCAAGACGCCGGAUAUGCGUUGGCUAGCAGAACAAGGUCAUGCGAUAAUAGGUGUAGAAGCUUCUCCUCGCUACAUCAAAGCGUUCUUCCGAGAUUCUAAGCUGGAGUAUACAGUCCAGAAGAAGCAAAUCACGGCUGAUAAGAAAGCAGACGUGUACACGGCGAAAGGCCAGAAUAUUACACUCUACCAUUGUGACAUCUUCAAUUUUUCUCUUGAGGUAGCAGGAGGAAAGUUCGAUGCCAUCUGGGAUCAGUCCGCCAUGCCUGUGAUCAAUGCGAUGGGUAAAACACGACUGAAGGAGUACACGAGCUUAAUGCAGUCGCUUCUUAAGCCAGACGGCCGGCAUAUGGUGGAGAUUUGUAAACACGGGUCUAAUUUUGUGACAGCAAAGAUGUUAAAGUCACUGGUUGGAGAUCAAUGCGACGUGCGUUACAUAGGUACGAGAAUAUGGAAAUACGACGAGGAAGAUGAUGAGUAUGACCCUGAAGAUCACGAACACGAGGACCACGGACACGGAGACCACGAACACGGAGACCACGGACACGGAGACCACGAUGACGAGGAAGACGUGGAGAUGUUUUAUCACCUUAUCACUUUCAAGUAAGUUUGCUGUUGUUGAUCUUGGAAUAUGCAGAACGCGUGUCGGACUGUCCAACUCACCGUAGAGUCUCUGUGACUCAGUGGUAGAGCAUCGUAGCGCGGAAUCUGGGGUUUGAUUCCUCGUGGGGACUCAGACAUUUUUCCUUGUUCCCACGUUCGUGAUAAGACGAACAAACAUCCGUCAAAAGUAAACACUUAUCGAACACAAUUUUACUUGAAAUUAACAGGCAUUUUGUCUGCUCAAACAUAAAUGCCCCGACAAAAAUUAAAUGUAAGGUUGGUUUAAAUUUGACUCCAAAGGUCUCCAUUUUUGCUGAUGUCUGUAAAAUUCAGCACAAAGUUGGAAUUGCGUGAAAUUUAAACUGUGGAUUUAACAGCACAUAACUUUGCGUAAUGUUCUAUCCCAUGUUUAAUGAGGCAUCAAAACCGAAACUAUUUAAGACGAAGAAUAAUCUAAGUGAUCGUUUCACGAAAUACAAAAUAGUUCAUCUUAAUGGCCUGUAGCUAGAAUAUCGACGUUUGAACUUUUCAUAUUUUUGUAAAAACCCUCGUGAACGAACAGCUGCGGGAUAUCGCACGAAUUUGCAUACAAACUCGAUCAUAGUCACGCAAUCGCUUUUCGCCCGUUACGCUGAGGAAUAAACAUUACCUUGCUAAACUACAACAUAGCUUUCUUGGGCGCAAGGAACAAAACCAAGGAAACCCAUUUCUGAGGAGGAUUGGCGAACGGGAUCUAAAUAAUAAGAUCUGGUAGUCUUUGAAAUUAAAAAAAAACAAAGAAAAACAAAAAAACAAAAAACGUAGUGGAUAGGAAAAAUUUAAUGACUUGUGUCAGCUUCCCGUCCACGAGAGCGAUGAUUGUCGUUUAUUUGGAAACUUACCAUCUUCAAGGACAAACGAAUUCAGCAGCUUGCCUGUGACCACGCUCGCAAAUUUCCCCAAGGAAACCCUGAGAAGUAAACAUUUACCAAAAAAACAUGUUUGAGCAAGUUUAACCUAUCGAUGUGUGCGUGAAACGAAUUUUUAUGUUCAUAAAUCGCAUCCAAUUGAAAAGCACAGUUUCAAGUUGCAGUUACCUUUUCUAUAGAAGGAAUAAAAUUCUUUUGGGGAUGUUCAUGCCCACAGUUUCGAUCGACAAAUUCGAGCUCCCCAGAGGAAUUCUUGUGGCAUAGGCUGCAAAACAACGAACAAGAAAUCAACAUGUCUCCACUCAUGGAUUGAGGAAUAUCUAAAGAUUAAGAGGGGGAAAAAUGUUUCGCCUGGUUAGGUUCUUCAUACCAAUAGAAGGAGGGGAUCGUUCUUUUUACGCAACACACCCUUGUGGGAACGGGGAAGACAAGUUCCAUAGCAAUUAGACCUUCUAUUAGGUUCCCUCAUAACGACGACGAGACGCCAUGGGAGAAAUUAGGAAUCUGAUGCUUCCCCUUUUCCCUCCGGUUACAAUACGUCUAAUGGGUCUCUCUAGGGGGAUCUUCAACGUUUUAGUUUCACUGCUCUUGUCAUUGUUUUAUUUCAGGGAUAAGGGCGCGACAGCUGGAAGGAAGAGGAAAAGUGAAAUGCAGAUGGAAGAGAGAAAAGAAAAGCAACCCAAGCAAACCAAAGGAAAACAACGACAAAAGAAAAGAAGCAAAAAGUGAACGCAAGACAGACGUUGGUUCACGAAUGGCGCCGAAACUUCACUCAGGAACUCUGAAUAACAUAAAAUUAACUAGAUAAAAAAAGACAAAAGCUAAAAGCAAACGAAAAAACAAGUAUAAGACUGUAAGAGUGCUUCUAAACUGCAAAACUAAGCAAACAAAAAAAAAAGCAUAUAAAAACCAGACACUGUAAGAGUCCAUCUCAACUGAUACAAAAACAAAAGAGCACACAGACAUGCAAAAAACAAGUAUGUAAAAAAACGGAUACUGAAAGAAUGCUUCUCAACUGAGUGUCACAAACCUUAAACAACCUAAUCACUGUAGGCCUAUCACAACAAAGUAACAAAUCACUGGGAGCUGAUAGUCAACUAGCAAACCGCCGUCAAGUCAUGAUUAAAUAUACUCUUUCACCUGAUUGGUUAUGAGAGUGAUGCAAGUUUUUUUUGACCAAUCAUAGAGCGUUCAAAAGCAAAACUACUGCAAUUCCAAAUCACCUUUGACACCCAGUUGGAAACUGCUCUACCAGGUUAUCGAGUAGAAUUUGCCGUCAAAUACCUCGAUUCUGCCGAUGACUCGGCCAUAUUGACCAGCUCCUCCUGUUUGCUUUUUAUGAAGAUACUCAAACCUAAAAUUCAACCAUUUGACAUUUGGUUACUACGAUCUAAUAAAAAAUUCUCCAUUCUUGUUGCUUCACGUUUUCUAGCAAAUUAGUUGAGAGAAUAUAGUGUUACAUGGAAAUAACUCUCUUCAACUGCUAAGUGUCAACAUUCUCAUAAAUCAAUUGCUCUAACGAAGGGCGAACGCUCGAAAUGUCAUCUCUUUUACUCUUUACGGUGGUAAAUUUACGCUUUCAACUCAGUUUUUAACAUUAAACCUGCUAUUCUCAUAAACCCUCUGCUGGAAAUUGUUAUGAAAAAGUUAAGAGAAAUUAGAUGUUGAUCACUUACGUGGCCUUUCCGCUUAUUGUUUCUCUGAAGGCUACCUUGGGUUUACCGGAUAUUACAGGACAGUUAAACUCUGUUCGCAUUCUCUGUGAAAAAAAAAAACGAAAAUUGCGUAUUGCUUUAGAUGAUAAUAAUACGCAAUAGCAACUUUGAAGUAACUUUAUAGUAACUCUAAGCUUAAGGUAACAUGUAGGUAACAUCAAGUGUUAGCUUUAAAGUUGAGGAAAUGCUUUUGUCAUGGUAAUUAUACAUUGUCACCCUUGAAAGUUAAACAUAAUAAAGUCGACAUUAACGCAUCAAAUUGUGUGGGAUUAUACCCCUUUAGUACAUACUAAAACAGUAGAUAGUGUUGAAGGCGC